GAGCCGCCGGCCGCCGAUUGCCGGUCGCCGCUCUCUCCCCGCGCGCUCCCGGCGGCCGGUGCCGCCGCGUCCUGCGCCUUUAAGGCAGGGCCGGCCCCACGUCACGCGCGGGGGGAGUGUAAACAGGAAGCGGCCGGGCGGUGAGGGGGGCUCGGCGGGGACCGUUUAGCGCCGGGUGACUCGAGCCGCCGCCAUGAGCCGCGAGCCGCCGGCGGGGGAGGAAGAGGCGGCGGGAGGAGCAGAAGGAGGAGACGGGCGGGCGAGGCCCGCGGAGAGCGGCUGCUACCUGGCGCUGUGCUCGCGGCCCGUGCACUUCGAGAAGGCCAACGCCGUCAACUGCGUCUUCUUCGACGAGGCCAACAAGCAGGUUUUUGCUGUUCGAUCUGGAGGAGCUACAGGAGUUGUUGUUAAGGGUCUGGAGGAUAAAAAUCCCAUUUCCUUCAGGAUGGAAGACAAAGGAGAAGUGAAGUGCAUCAAGUUUUCCUUGGGGAACAAGAUACUGGCUGUACAGAGAACUUUGAAGAGUGUGGAUUUUUUGAAUUUUAUUCCAGAUAGCCCUCAGCUAGAGUAUACACAGGAAUGUAAGACAAAGAAUGCCAAUAUUUUAGGAUUCUGCUGGACAAGCUCUACAGAAAUUGUCUUCAUCACAGAUCAAGGAAUUGAAUUGUACCAGGUAUUACCAGAGAAACGAAGUUUAAAACUUCUGAAGAAUCAGAGUAUUAAUGUCAACUGGUACAUGUAUUGUCCAGAGAGCUCUGUUAUUCUUCUGUCGACCACUGUUCUUGGUAAUGUCCUGCAGCCUUUCUACUUCAAGAGUGGAACAAUGUCAAAGCUAUCAAAAUUUGAAAUUGAGUUACCGGCAGCACCCAAAUCCUCCAAGCUCAGCCUUUCUGAAAGAGACAUUGCUGUGGCUACAAUAUAUGGACAGCUUUAUGUUCUCUAUUUGAGGCAUCACUCAAGGACUUCCAAUAGUACAGGAGCAGAAGUGGUCCUCUAUCACUUACCAAGAGAGGGGUCUUGUAGGAAGACACAUAUUUUAAAGCUGAACAGAACUGGAAAGUUUGCACUGAAUGUUGUGGAUAACUUGGUGGUAGUCCAUCAUCAGGACACUGAGACUUCAGUUAUAUUUGAUAUCAAGCUAAAAGGAGAAUUUGAUGGAUCUACUACAAUCCAUCAGUUUGUACUUCCACCUCGAUCAAUACAACCCUAUCAAAUACCUGUAGCAGGUCCAGCCUCUGUGACAAGUCCAUCUCCUGUUCCAUGUAAACUCUAUUCUUCUUCUUGGAUUGUCUUUCAACCUGAUAUAAUCAUCAGUGCAAGUGAAGGUUACCUCUGGAGUCUUCAAGUGAAACUUGAACCUGUAGUUAACCUCUUGCUAGAUAAAGGAAAACUAAUGGAUUUCCUUCUCCAAAGGAAAGAAUGCAAAAUGGUUAUCCUAUCUGUAUGUUCUCAAAUGCUUAGUGAGCCAGAAAGGGGAUCACUGUCUGUGACUGCAACUGUUUUUGACAAACUGAAUCAUGAAUAUAAGAAGUACUUGGAAGCUGAGCAAAGCUAUACAAUGGUGGUAGAAGCAGGCCUGAGUAGAAGUAAUCCACUCCUGAAACGUCCAGUCCGCACUCAAGCAGUCAUUGACCAGUCUGACAUGUACACACAUGUUUUAUCUGUAUUUACAGAGAAGAAGGAAGCACCUCAUAAGUUCACUAUAGCAGUCUUGAUGGAGUACAUUCGCUCUCUUAACCAGUUCCAGAUUGCAGUUCAGCACUACUUGUAUGAGCUGGUCAUCAAAACCCUUGUUCAACACAACUUGUUCUACACGCUCCAUCAGUUUCUGCAGUACCAUGUGCUCAGUGACUCCAAGCCUUUGGCUUGUCUGUUACUGUCCCUGGAAAGCAUUUACCCUCCGGCACAUCAGCUCUCUCUGGACAUGCUAAAAAGACUUUCUACAGCAAAUGAUGAAAUAGUGGAAGUUCUGUUGUCCAAACACCAAGUUUUGGCUGCCUUGAGAUUCAUCAGGGGCAUUGGAGGACACGACAGCAUUUCAGCCCGCAAAUUCCUUGAUGCAGCAAAACAAGCAGAAGAUGACAUGCUUUUCUAUACAAUAUUCAGAUUCUUUGAACAAAGAAAUCAACGGUUACGAGGAAACCCUAGUUUCACACCAGGUGAGCACUGUGAAGAACAUGUCACUUUCUUCAAACAAGUUUUUGGAGAAGAAGCUCUUAUGAAGCCCACAACAUUCUGAGAGACACUUCCACUGAAAUGUAUAAACUUAAUUUAUUGCAUUUAAGUAGAUUUUUGAACUACAAAAUUGCUAUUUUAUAAUAAAGUAUAUACAAGACA